AUGAAUUAUCUAAACUUUUUAAUACAACUUUUACAUUUGGAGGUGUUAGGUGCCAUUUUUGAUUUUCAAUAUCCCAAUAUUCAAUAUUUCCUUCAGGCCAGUAACAUUUUCAAAUUUUUCAAAAGGUAUCCAUUCAAGACAUUUAAAAGUAUGUAAAGCAUUAAGUUGUGAUUGUUGUAUUAAUUCAUCAAUAUUUUUAUUUCCACUAGUCCAAUUUUUAAA